UAAGAACUUCAGUGCGGACUUUGCUGACAUAUGGCUGGUUGAGUAGCAUGUAUCCAGUACCAGCUUUCAAAGCCAUUAACCAUGGGUGUGCAUGCUGGAGCAUUUAACCACAAGGUUAGGAAAAAAGCCGGUCCGCCGCCAUCAUCUGAUGUUCAUAACUAAAGGGAUCGGAGUCGUCGAACGCCGUCGCGCCAUACCCUCCCCCUCCUACUCCCCCAAGCCCACCCUCCAAUUCCCCUUCAACCCCCAAAAGCCUUCCCUCACCCACCGCGACACCCGCAUAUGCCCCCUCGCCGCCGUCGAAGCCCCAGAAAAUAUCGAAAACCUCCGCCUCAAGAGGACGGUCAUCUCCGACGAAAGCCUCGAGCUUCUUUUCAGGAUUUUGGAGAUUUGACGAAGGGAAGGGGUAGGCCUGCGAUUCGACGGGAAGGGAUGGGCCUACGAACAGACGGGGACGGAGGAGUCGUUGCAUCAAUGAGGAUGGGUCUCUCGACAAGAGAGAUAGCGCCGAUGGAUCUAAUCUGGAAGAAGAGGUGGUCGGCGGGAGUUCGUGCUUGCGUUCGAGACGGCAAUGUGGAGAGGGAAGGGAUGAUGGGUUUUGGCCGUGCGGUAGAGGUGGGUCGAAUUGGGAGGUGGGUUCUGGUCGGCGAUUGAAAUGGAACCCGGCCGGGAUCUGUACUGGUCCGCCGAAAUGACACGGUUGAAGACGGAGGAGUUGGAGGGUGAGCUGCAGUUGAUGAGCUAGUUGUCUGAGGGAGUGAAGGAGGCUGUGAAGUGGAGGAGAGAGAGGAGGGUCAGAGAGAGAGAGUGUAGAUUAAUAGCGUUGACGGUUGGGAGAGGGAAUUGAGGGUGGGUGUGAGGAGAGGGUGUGCAGAAGAGCAAUUCGACCGGAUUGGGCAAAAUGCCCAGCACUCAGUCCAAAAAACAGCCCAGCACCCCGUCCAUUAUCUCCAGCCCGCCCGCACAACAGCCUGGGGCACAGCCCAUGCUGGUCUCUACGCCAGCUCAAAACUGACUGACCAAGAAGCUGGGCAAGUGGCCACGUGC